AUGGACGCAGCAGUAAGAGACGGAAGAUCGGUACACUCUCCAAAUCUAGGUCCCAGGUCAUCCUUAAGUCGCGACGGUUCUCAGCGUGAAACCCAAGAAUCGCGACCCCUCCAGAAUGGCACCAAGUCGGCUACCCCAGCGGUUUCUCCAGGAAGAUUAAUACGCGGGCCGUCUCCUUCGCAAACCGAUCAGAAUGGACCCCAAUUGCCGUCGCAAACCCCCACUAGCACUGGUUCCGCGUUGCCAGAUGAUACAGUACAACAACGAUCGAUUGGAGAGAAGGCUUCGGAUACAAACAACGCGAACAAACCGAACAGUGCCAAUCCGCAGACAGGGGACGGGGGCAAGCGCAAAGGACGAGGAUUAAGCGCAGACAAGACGUCUCCUUCGGGGGCUGUCGCACGCGCAAAAUCUGCCGGAGAGACCAUUCAAGAACCUCAGUCACAACCGAUAUCACCAGAAAUCCCACUCCCGUCAACGUCUGGAUUAACAUCCCCUGGUUCUGCGAAAGAGUCAGGCCAAAGACAAACUGGUCCAGCGAAACGAAAGACCAAUGAUCGGAAAUCGCUGGAACAGAGGGAGGCUACAAACCAACGAACGAAGAAUAACAAGAAGCCAUCGGUGGAAUAUGUUGUCGAUAAUGAGAAGACGAACGGCAUACCCGAAGGUGAUGUCGCAGGCACUGAGGACCGUACCCUACCCCAGAAACAGAAGGCGAACAAACCAGACAAGCGCGCUGGACGCGCCGGAAGGAAGCCUUCUCUGGCAACUGAACCGGUAGAAGAGACAUCACCGCCUGUCGGCAAGGGCAAGAGAAAGCGGGGAGAAGUGGAACAGACACAGACGCAAGAGGACGAAGAACAGGAACCUGAGCAUGGAUCGCAGCCAACUACCAGGGGUAAGCGGAAGCAGAAGCAAUCAGAACCAGCCCAGGAGGAGCAGGAAUUAGUAUCACAGCCCACAGGUAAAGGAAAGAGGAAGCGAAAAGAAGUGGAACAACAGCAAGAAGAAGAACCGGAACCGGAGGCCCCACGAUCCAGGGCUAAAGGGAAGAGGAGGCAACAAGCGGAACAGGAGCAAGAGCCCGAACCGCAGCCUGUCAGCAAAGGUAAGAAGAAGCAGAGACAAGCUCCAGAACCGGAGCCAGAACAGGAGGAGCCCGAGCAAGAUAACGACGUGGAGCCGUCUCCAGCUUCUCAGCGCCGUCACGGUGGUCCAUCGAAGUCAAAGAAUGAUCGGAGAACGCAGCCUGAAGAGCGUGAGCCUGGGAAUGAAGGCGAGGGCGAGGGCACGGUGCGGACCACCAGAAAGCCCCGACAACCUCGCGGAGAAACAGUCCCGGUUACAGUACACCGUCUUGUCAAUGUCGGCUCCCUCACCGGAGCUCCCCAAGCCGAAGACUCUUCUGACGGGGAGGAAUCUGCCGACGAGCUCGCAACGACGCAGAGUGCCAAGCUACCGAACCGGGGCGGCGUGAACGCGGCAGACGUGUUGGGUCAAAUCUGCCGCGAAACCUUGGAGAAGACCCUAACUACCUUGAAGAACGGGAUCACAAACGAGACGAAUGCCGCGCGACGCGCCGAGUGGACGCGCAAGAAGAAAGCCGUGGAAGCAUUUGGCACGGAACUCGAGGGCCGUCUUUUCGAGCUGAGCGAGAUGCUCGACAGCAAUUUCGUGCUGGGCGUCAAGCUAAAGAAGGCCAAGCGCGAGAUGAUGGACAUGCGCAGCCGGCUGUAUCAGAUCCGGAAAGAGAGAGAAGCAGUUGCACUGCAGAUGGACGCAGUGCGUCGAAAACACUCUGAGGAAGAAAACACCCGAAUGGCCCGCACUACCAUCAACAACUCCCUCCACAGUCUGGACCUGGCCUUGGAGCGCAGCCAGAAGCCGGAUGACAACGCUUCGCACGAUCCUUCUCCCACCGCAGGGCUGGAGUUUAUGCUCCGCAGCGUGGCGGAGACUGUCAGUUCCAGGGCACCUGGAGCGCAGGGUGGCCUCCUCAACCAGAUCAAGUCGUUUAACGCGCAACUGGAGGCCGCUGCGCGAAGACUUGAGAGUAGUUCGUGA